UCGUUCAGCUCGAGCUCGACAGCCAUGGCUUCCCACCCGCCGCCGCCGCCGCCGCCGCCGCCGGAAUACCGUACACCACCCGCUCGAACCACCAUGAGUGCCCUCGGCGACGACCAGCUCCGAGAGAUCUUCCUCCGCCUCCCGGACCUCCCCAGCCUCGCCGCUGCCGCCUUCACCUGCCGCGCCUUCCUCGGCGCCGUCCGCUCGUCCCGCGCCUUCCGCCGCCGCUUCCGCGAGCUCCACGCACCCCCGCUCCUCGCUCUCUUCCUCACACCCUGCAUGCACACGGUACCGGCCUUCCCCUCCUCACGGCGCCCCUCCGCCGGAUUCAGUCCCCUCCGGGACCACGCCGCCGCUUCCGAUUCCGAGUGGGGACUCGAUUUCCGCGACAUUGCCUAUAAUGACGGCUUCAUCUGCAUCGAAUAUCGGACCACCAAGCAGCAAGCUUUGUACAAUCCCCAAACAACUGCUCUGAUUCUCCGCCCCAAGGAGGACCACGACAUGCCCUACGGCAGCUCCCUUGAGUUCCACACACUCCCUCCCGAAGAGGAUCAGAGGCCGUCCCGUGUGGUCUGUGUCCGUCACGACUACUCGUGGGCUUGGGUACGCGUUGCUGUCCUCUCAUCCGACACCAUGGAGUGGCAGGUGUUCCCGGAGACUGCGACGCCGCUGCCCGAGGGCUCCAGGCACGCAGCCAGCACGGUGGUGGAUGGGUUUAUCUGUUGGGAAUUCGUGUCCCUGAACGAGGUAUCUCUCAGCGAGUACAUUUUGGUGCUCAACACAGACACCUUUCAGUUCUCUCGAGUUGAUCUGCCUCCGCCCUUGAGAGUGGUAUACCCAAAAUUUAAGAUUGGUCAGACCAAGGAUCGGAACCUCUGCAUCGUCAUUGAGAAGGAUUGCACGCUUUUUCUUUGGAUCUGCACAGCCGGUGAUGACGGCGUCCAGAGAUUUGUGCUGCACAGUACGUUCCCGUUGCAUUCUAGAUUUAUGGAGGUCACCAGCUGUUCAGUGGAAGAUAAAUUCUCUGUGCAGCUUAUGACGGUCUUCAAUGGCUUUGUGUACCUUUCUAUUUGCCCCUGGAAGAAUUUCAGGGAUAAGUACAAAUCCCCUGAGUGGUUCAUGUCCUUCUCUCUGGAAACAGCGGAGCUGAACCAGCAUUUUAAGAACAGAAAGCGAAUUGGCUGCCCUGUCCAUCCCUAUUUGGCCUGGCCUCCUUUGGUAGACAACACGGUGGAUUCAGAAUAUGAAGUUACUGGAAACAGUAUUGGAAAUGUUGGUCCUGAGAGCACAGAAAAUGGUUCAUCUUUUCUUAUAAAAACAUUACGAUCAUUCAAAGAAGCUUUGAUUAAGGAUGAUGACGCAAAUGUUGCUGAGAUUGAGGCCUUCUUACUUUGCAUUGAUGUCAAGGAUGAGAAGAACUCUCUUGUGAGGAAACUCAUUGCUUUAGAUGAAUUAUUGAUAACCGUGAGAGAUCGUGUCUUGAGAGCAGGUGCAGACUCUGAAUUCUACAGACUGAGAGCAGGUGCAGACUCUGAAUUCUACAGACAGAAGACAGAAACAGAGAGCUGGUGGCAAAUGUGCAAGGGGAAGUUAUGGAGAGCUUUCUUCGCUAGCUGAAUAAGCCCAUCUAUCUGGCAAAAUUCAUAUGAAUAUCAGGCUACAUCCAGGCGAUCUGUUUGUCAGGCACAGAGCUCAGGGUAGCAACCACACAGGUAAGUGAGCUUUUGUUGAAAUGCGUUGGUACUUUAGUUUCUAGGUUCUGUGAUGACGGCAUGUGCCAAGUUUAAUGUAUGUUAGUUGAAACAGUGAUGAUUGUAACCAUAAUCAGUAUUCAGUAUGACUGGUUGGGAAGAGACCAAGUCUUCAGUUUCAUC